AUGGCUCGCGGUCCCAGAAAACACCAGCACCGCCUGAGCGCGCCGUCGCAUUGGAUGCUUGACAAGCUCCAAGGCUCAUACGCUCCUAAAGCCUCGCCAGGUCCUCAUAAGCUCCGCGACUGCCUGCCUCUCAUCGUCUUCCUCCGAAACCGAUUGAAGUAUGCGAUCACCGGCAAGGAGGUGACCAUGAUUCUCAUGCAACGCCUCAUCAAGGUCGACGGCAAGGUCCGCACCGACAGCACAUACCCAGCCGGCUUCAUGGAUGUGAUCUCGAUCGACAAGACUGGCGAGCACUUCCGUCUCGUCUACGAUGUCAAGGGUCGCUUUGCUAUCCACCGCAUUGAACAGGCUGAGGCCGAAUACAAGCUUGGCAAGGUCAAGAGAGUGCAAGUCGGAAGAGGUGGUAUCCCAUUCUUGGUCACGCACGAUGCUCGAACUAUCCGCUACCCAGAUCCCGCUAUCAAGGUCAACGACACCGUCAAGAUCGAUCUCUCAACAGGCAAGAUCACCGACUUCAUCCGUUUCGACACUGGUGUGGUCGCCAUGGUCAUUGGUGGUCGCAACAUGGGUCGUGUCGGUGUCAUCACUCACCGUGAGCGACACGAUGGUGGUUUCAACAUCGUCCACGUCAAGGACGCCAUCGACAACUCGUUCGCUACCCGGGAGAGCAACAUCUUCAUCAUCGGCAAGGAGAAGCCAUGGAUCUCGCUGCCCAAGGGCAAGGGUGUCAAGGGCCCUCCAAGCCUCCUGACACCCACCGACUUCUACAACGCCCAAGACCCAACCUACACCCCCACCACCCUGUCUCUCACCAAACCCAUGGUCCCCACAGCCGCAGCCCUCCUCACAGCCCAAACAGCAAACGCGUACGCCGUCUUCGCCCUCCUCGCCCUCGCCUUCUCCUGGACGACGCACGCGCGCAGCGUCAAGAUCUAUCUCUUGUGUGUUGGUUUUGGGGAUAUAGGGCAUAUGUUGGCGACGUAUAAGGUGUUGGGCGGGGACGUGGUGUUUGAUCCAUUGGGGAAGUGGACGGUGAUGGUAUGGGGGCAUUUGGGGAUUGGGAUGGCGUUGAAUGUGGUGAGGUGGGGGACGCUGGUGGGUGUUUUUGGACCGCUGGAGGCAGGUGGUGCGACGGAGCGGAAGGUCAAGAGACGUUGA